CUCGGCAUAAUUUUUCCUGGAUGUGCGUUGGUAGCUUUCGUCAGAGUGGCAAUCACCCCUUUCGGCACACCUGUUCGUUGCUCUUGCACCACUGGUUUUGCAACCUUCUCUCAACACACUACCUCAACGACAUCAUGUCUCUGUUCCGUGCUGUUGUCCGCGCCCCACUCCGCGCCGGUCUCCUCCGCUCCGUUGCUGCCCGCCCCGCGGCUGCGCGCAUGUACUCGACCCACGAGGAGCUUUCAGAUGCCGACUUUGAUGCCAAGUGGAAGGCGUACUUCGCCGACGAGACGCUCGACGAGCACGCCAUCCGCCGCGGUCUCAACGACCUCUUUGCCCACGAUCUUGUGCCCGAGCCCGUGAUCCUCGAGCAGGCCCUCCGCGCCUGCCGCCGCGUCAACGACUUUUCCACGUGCGUGCGUGUGUUUGAGGGCGUCAAGGACAAGAGCCCCGAUGAUGAGACAUACAACUACGUUGUCGGCCAGCUGAAGCCCGUCAUUGAGGAGCUCCAGCUCACCCUCCCCGAGGAGCUUGGCUUCCACUGAGCACCCUGCCCUCUGUGUUGUGUUUUUGUGUACAUGCCAUUGUCUCGUCCUAUUGUAGUAAGUGAUGGUGUGCGUGUUGCUCGUUUUGUGUGCGUGUGUGUGUACUUGAAGUGGGCGAGUGUUGUGCCUUGCAGAGCCGUUGUACAUACCUCAACGGGUCUGCUUGGUUCGUCUUGUUGUCACGGGCGUCGUCUUCUCCACUGUUAUCCCGUACGUGUCUCUCCUUGCUGCACUUGGCGUGUGGUGUUGCCGGUGGUUGGCUGGUCUUCGUGACGCUGUUCCGCGUGGGGCUAGUGCGCUCGGCACCCGCCUCAUCUUGCCCUCUGCCACCACACUCGUCUGUCCUCUCCUCCUCCUCCUCCUCCUUGUUAUUGUUGUUUCUGUGGAUGUUGUUGCGUCGUCGUCUUGUGUGUCUGUGCGCUUCCCCCGCUCUAUAUUACGCCCCCCCUUUAACCGCAAGUGUGCGCUUCGCGUGCUGUCUGGGGCGUGCACAUGCGAAUACAGCAAUCGAAUCGA